AUGGCGGAAAUGCAAAAUUCAAACCCUACGAUCCUCAAUGCCGCUGAUCUCCCCACGCGGUUGCGACCCACCGCCACUCGCAAGUCCGAGUAUGGUGUAGACUUUGAGAGUGCCCCGUCAUCUGACUCAGAGGAUGACAACCUACUAGAGGAGCCUAUUGAUGAACAGGAAAUAUAUGAUCUCAUCUCGUCGAUCUCCGACCCGGAACAUCCAAUUUCGCUCGGUGAAUUAGCCGUGGUCUCUCUCCCAGAUAUCAAGAUCAAACCAACCCUUCCUGAUGUCCCUGAUUCGCCUCUGCAAACUGUCACCGUGCUGAUCACGCCCACAAUCACGCACUGCAGUCUGGCAACCGUCAUCGGUCUUGGCGUCCGCGUUCGUCUGGAACAAUCUCUCCCCUCAAGAUUCAGAAUGGAUGUCCGAAUUAAAGAAGGUACACACAGUACUGGAGACGAGGUCAACAAGCAGCUCGCUGAUAAGGAGCGGGUUGCCGCAGCCCUAGAGAAUGGUGCGUUGAUGGGGGUCAUUGCCAAAAUGAUGGAGACUUGUCAUUGA